AUGGAUGACCAGCAUGAGGAGAACAAGAAAUUGUCAACAUGUCACGUAAAUAGCCCGGUUCCCCUUUCAGAUCUCCAGCCACACUGCCCUGCACUUUUCAAGAUCAGACGCCGUAGACCCCAACUGCUAGGAUGUCACGACCAAGAGGCGGCGCGAUCCAUCUCGUGUGAAGCAGCGCCCAUUGGAUCAUUCUCAACAACCCGAGGAUCGGCCUCCCAAACGUGUGAUGGGACCGAGACGUGCGCCGUCGAGACGAAACGCUUGGGCGCUGCUGAUGCUUGUCUUGAUGGAGCCCAGUCUUCUUCGAGUACUUCAGGCAGUGAGGCAUCAGACAAUGAUGCAGAUCCGCACGAUGGCGCUAAUAACAAAACACCAAACACGGUUCCUCGCGAUAUCGGCCUUCGCCCUAGUAUGCUUACUGCAUUCUGGUCGGACUCUAAAAUCAACCGACGUCGAAAUCGCAGACAAGCUCUGACCGAGGGGUCCCCUCUGAGUCGAGGUGGGUUUACUCGGCUCUCUGACCGGUUCGUCCCAAGUCGCGAGCCGUCAAGUCUCAUAGCAGACCGCUUCCGGACAGUCAAAGACUCUCACAGACUGUCGACAUCUGAGCGGAUCGUUCGAAACGAGGCUGCACUGCCAGACCCAUUUAUAUCCAGGUCACAACGAUUCGCGGCCGCCAGGACUAUACCACGAGGCUCGCACUCAGAUGGUAGUGACAGACGAAAUGGUGAGCCAAAUGACUGA